AUGCGACUUCGGGAGGUGUGUGCUGAUUGCAUAACUGAUGGGGCUGGCUUCGUGUAGUGUGUCAUAGCAGCAGAGGCUGUACCGGGCGGAGUUCCAGCAGCGCUGUUCUUCAAGUAGGCUUUGGAAACAGCAUAAUAAUUUUACUAGACAGCUACUCACUUGAGGUCACCCUCGGACUCCGGGACAUUCACAUGUAGUAGCCUAUACGCGGCGAGACGACUUCGCUUACAGUAGGAGCUUCGCAAGUCUGCAAUCGACUUUAGUGCAAAACCUGCGACGAUGUGUGAACGAUAAACUUGGACAAAGAAGAAAUAUAGUCUACUACAUUUCGGAAUUGUGCACUGAAUGCUGUGAAGCCUUGGUGCAGAUAUAUAUGUGUGUUUAUAUGUAUUAACAUAUGCGCAUUUAUAGUAUAUACUUGAAAGAUUGUAUUGAUUUCUGCAGACAAAUAACCGGAUUUUGUCCAUGACUGGAUUUGCCAAUUCUUCACCACCUACAAUUGUUUGCUCCCGUUCUUUUCCCUAAGGAAUAUAUCAUUAUUUAUUACAUCCUUGGUACAGUAUUUUGCUCAUAAUCUGGCCCGUAUGAGUAUGAACGUGCAAUGGACCGCUCCUAUUCCAUGCAUUCGUACUGGGAGAUGCAGAUACAAGAGGCUUGACUCCGAAGAGCCGGUGUCCAAAUGCGCAAGGCUGAGCGAGCCUUCGAGUGAUGCGGGUUUCAGUACUUCCCCGGGAUCUCCCGUGUGCCCGGCUCCUUUCAGCGGCACUCCAACGCAUCAAGGUCCGUCCCGGAUCUGCCAAUACCUGCUGCUGCCUGUCGCUGAGAGGGGCGGAGUGCACAGCGCGCUGAACAUCCACACCGGAGAGGAGUAUGUAUGUAAGGUGUUCACAAUGGCCACUUACCAGGAGAAGAUCCGAGCACACGGCGUUCUGCCGGCGCACGGCAACGUCUCCCAGAUCAGGGACAUCGUCCUGGGCGACCAGAAGGCGUACGUGUUCCUGGAGAAGGACUACGGCGACAUGCACUCGUUUGUCAAGAGCCGCAAGAGGCUGGGGGAAGAGCAAGCGUCCCGGCUCUUCCGCCAGGUGGUGCGGGCCGUCGCCCACUGCCACCGCGCGGGCGUGGUCCUGGGGGACCUCAAGCUCAGGAAGUUUGUCUUCAGCGACGAGAAGAGGACUCAUUUAAAGCUGGAGGGCUUGGAGGACUCCCACGUGCUAGAAGGGAACGAUGACUCCAUGACAGACAAGCACGGCUGCCCGGCCUACGUCAGCCCUGAGAUCCUCAACGGCUCCGGCUCCUACUCGGGGAAGCAGGCGGACGUGUGGAGCCUGGGCAUCAUGCUCUACGCCCUGCUGGUGGGCCGCUACCCGUUCCACGACUCGGACCCCGGCGCGCUCUUCUCCAAGAUCCGCAAGGGCCAGUUCUGCCUCCCCGACGGCCUCUCCCCCGAGGCCAGGUGCCUGCUGCGCAGCGUUCUGAGGAAGGAGCCCGCGGAGAGGCUCACGGCUGAGGAGAUCCUCAUCCACCCCUGGUUCCACGCCUCACAGGAAGCAGGAAGCGCAGAACAGGAAGCGGGCUCUGCCGAUCAGACUGUGCCCGCGUUCGGCCUCGAAGAGGACGAGUCUCCCUUCUGUUGACAGACUCGGCCUCGUGGACUGAGAAAAAAAACAUUAAAGGCUUUUGAACCUCUUUGUUAGGCGCAACGUCUUGACUUGUGUUGUCGAAGUACUGUAAUGUCUUGGUGUUUAGGUACUGUACUGUAAGGAACUUAAUGCACAGCCGUGUUCUGAGAAGUACAUUCACUUCAUGUGUGUUGGCCUCGUUUGGUUCCGGUGUACAGACGGACUGCUCCCAGCAUGUGUUGAGGGACCCCGUUGGGAGUGUUUCAACACACGCAAAAGGCAACACACACAGAGGCUGAGUCAGAGUGACGGCAAAGGCCAAUCUGGAUAAUCAGAAGCGCGCCACACGAAGGACGGGGCGGAAAAACCAGCGCUGCCAGCCCUGCUUGCACGGGACCAGGAGCGGCGUGUGAGUCACCAGCUGCUCCGCUGCAGCCCUUCUGACGUCGAGACAAAAACAGAGCGAGAGAGCAUACGCGUCACGCCCCGAUAGACGUCCCGCAGCAGGGCCGAAAGAGGGGCGAAAUGCUGUCAGAUUCGCUCGGACGCGCGUCUGGAGGGGCCUAUCACUGACUUGACCUGACUUUUGAAACAUCAAGCUGUGUAGCUUUCAAACUAUGGAAGCAUAGGUCAGGUAGAGGACUAGGGGAUUCAGAGAGGAAGAGGAGGUUGCCAGCAUCAACACUGGUUGAGGCCGAAGCUUCUCUAUAAAAACCUUUCACUACCUGCUUCCUGAAUGUGUUCCUCAUUCUGUGUGUACAUUACAAUGAGCAAUAUUGUGCCUUUAUCACUGUUGUUCACAGACCUGGUCAGGUGAUGUGUGACUCAAUGCCCCAUGAAGGCUGAAAUAAGCUAAAGACUUACAGGCCAAAAUGCAGGCUAUUCUGUUGGGGAACUUUUUUUUUUUUUGUAGUUCAUCAAUGUUUCACUACGCACAUACUAUGCUGUGAAAGCCAACCAUCCUGUGGUGCAAAGGACAACAAUACAAAGUUCUUUUAUUUCAGUCCAGCUUGUCCGGCGGCCAAUAUUCAUAUACUGUUUCCCUGGGCUUCGCUAAUCAGUCGGUAAACAUGGCUCUUGUCAGGUCAUUGUUCACAGAAUGAGGAUUGCGGUUGACAUGCGGCCUGUGCCACAUUGCCAGCUGUGACUGGGGUGUAUAUGCUAUUGUCAGCGCACCAUUAGCUAUUUAAAGAGUUGUAUUUGUGAUGUAGCCUCCGUGUGAGGAACACGUCAUAAUGCAAGCAUAGUAAAGUAAAGUUAAACAAAGUGUGAGACGUACGUGUUUGUGGACAAAUUGAAUAAAGAUAUCUUUUUUGUAU